GAGUUUGGCUACUGUUUAGUAGUUUUGCAUUAGCUGUCACAACUUCCAUGGAAAGCAGAAUGGUAAGUAGAGUAAAACCAAAGUAUAGAUUCAGAAAAAUAUUUAUAUUUGAUGGUAAAGAGUGUUUUUAUAACUAAGGCACUUUAAAAUAGAGAGACUUGUGAUUAAAAUGAAAUGAAUGCUAAUUGAAUGAAGGAACUUUUGACUAAUAUAUAACCAAAAAUGAUAUGAUUUUACUGUCAGUUUGUCUGCGAUGGUCUUACUGUCUGUUGGUUUACUGUAAUUUCCACGUCUGUGUUUUUACCUCCAAAAAACAUUUGUUUCAAAGUUGUUCCACAGAGUUGCAUAUAUGACACUGCUUCUGGUGGUGAUCCAUAACAUAGAUGGAAAUAAAGCUGGUCCUGCACAAGCUUUUGGGAUUAUCGAUGCUAUAUUGAAUGUUCCUUUCACAAUUUCUUUGAAAACGAAAACUUCACCACAUCAAAAAAAAUGUUUGUACAUGUGAAAAAUGAUGCAAAUACCACAGUGGACUUUAUCAUAGGUGACGCAGAAGAUGGUAACUCAUCUUGUACUGUGAUAGCAUGUUUGCAAAACGAUAUAGAUAAUCUCUUGAAAAGAAAAGAGGAACGGAUGAAGAUCCCGCACGAUCUGUUCAACAUUCCAAAUAUAAAAAAAUCGUGUUCAAGAAACUUCAGUGGUUACGUUAACUACACUAGGGUGGAGAAGAAAGCCAUAAACAGCGUUAUACAGAUGUCUAGUCAAUCCCAGAUCUACAGUGGUGAGGAUCUUGCCUUGAGUGUGGUUAAGAUGGAUUUGAACACGACAAACCAGUCUGUAGCAGUCGCCGCUCCACUUCUAUUUGAUCAAAGCACUCAAAUAGAAACGUGGAUUCCAGUGGAGGCUUUCCAAGAUGUCUCGAAGGAACAGCCCAAAGUUGGUAUAGUUACCUACAGUUCUGAUGAACAAUUUACGUCUCUGAGAAAUGUAGUUCUUGUGUCAAAAGUCAUACGGAUCGAAGUUCCUGACCGUGACAUUGUGAAUUUGGCCAAACGACUUGCAAUACAUUUCCCAGUCAAUAUGACAACUGUGUUCAAGAACUUUACCAUUUCUUGUCAGUUCUUUGAUGAGAAAGCUACAAACACCUGGAAAACCACUGGCUGUAACACCACACUGAUCAAUAGUAGUUUUGUGCAGUGUCUGUGUAACCACAUGACCCCAUUUGCUGUGCUUCUGACUGAGCUGGAGAUCGACCAAUAUCACUGGAAAAUACUGUCAAUAAUUAGUUACAUAGGCUGCGGUCUGUCUGCGUUCUUUUGCGGCUGCUCCAUCUUGUCCUAUAUUGUCGACCGUAAUGGCAGGAAAGAAGUGUCCAGGAGCAUCCAUGUGUCUCUGAGUGCCGCUCUGUUUCUCCUCAACAUCACUUUUAUGCUCAGCGAGUGGGCUGCCACAAUAAAUCAAGACGGAGUGUGUGUGUUUGUCGCUGUGGCGAUACACUACAGUCUGCUGUGCUGUUUCACCUGGAUGGCCAUUGAAGCUUUGCACCUCUACCUUCUUCUGGUCAGAGUGUUUAACAUUUACAUCCAGCACUACAUGGCCAAGCUCUCUCUGAUUGGAUGGGGAGUUCCUGCAGUUGUUGUUGUAGGCUUGCUAAUCCCUUUUGCCACUAAACCUUUCUAUGGCACCAAAGAGAUGCCAUUUUCAGAUUCUGGCUCAUCAAGUAAAAUUUGCUGGAUUACGGAAGCUUACAUCAACUAUGCCGUAAACAUCUCCUACUUGACCCUCCUAUUCCUGUUCAACACAGGGAUCCUGAUCACAGUGUCUAAAAAGAUCUGUUUGCUGCGAAAAGUGGACAACAGACACCAUAAGAUGCCGGCGUGGAAAGAUGUUGGCACAGUGCUGGGUCUCAUGUGUCUGCUGGGUACCACGUGGGGUUUGGUCUUCUUCACCUCUGGAUAUACAAACUUACCUGUUCUCUACCUGUUCUGCAUCUUAAACUCACUGCAAGGAUUUUAUAUCUUCGUUUGGAUGUGCGUAACAGCCAAGAAGAACAGAAAGGAACCGCUUUAUGACACUAAAUCCACUACAGACAUCUCCAAAUCUGACCCUGGACCAUAAACCAGUCUUAAAUAGCACGGGAAUAUUUGUGGCAAAAGCCAACAAAACAUUGUAUGGGUCAAAAUGAUCGAUUUUCUUUUGCCAAAAAUCAUUAGGAUAUUAAGUAAAGAUCAUGAAGAUUUUUUUUUAUUUACCACCGUAAAUAUCGAAACGUUUUGUGAGUGGAUGCAGCAAAAUCGCAAACAAAAAUGGCCAGAAACACGCCUACUAAUUUUGCUCGCUGUUGCCGGUGUUGUAUCAAAAUCCAAAUUACGACUCCCCUGUUUUCCCCUACGAAGGUUAGGGUUAGGAUUAGGUGUGGGGGCGGGAUUUAGAGAUAGGGACCAAUCACAAAGCAGCAUCCUAAGUGAAUGAACCAAUCAGAAGUAGGGGAGUCGUAAUCUCACGGGGAGUCGAAUUUCGGUACAACACCGGCUCUUUGGGAAUUGCACACUCAAAUUUGGUAUCUAUGUAAAGCUUAAAAUUUCAGCUUUCGGGUUCAUCUACUUUCCACAAUGUCAUUACAGCGGUAAGCCACUAGAGAGCGUUAAAACAAACAUGUAUCUUCUUUGCAACAGCCUGCUAGAGCGCCUCUGAUUUACAACUUCAAAGGCAAUUUUUUUUGCACUCUGUGGUUUUAAAUUGUAUCUCGGCCAAAUAUUGUGCUAUCCUAGCAUACAUCAAUGGAAAGCUUAUUUAUACAGCUUUCAGAUGAUCUCAAUUUCAAUCUCAAUUGAAAAAAAUUGACCCAUGAGACUGGUUUUGUUGUCCAGAGUCACAAAUAAGAACCAAGACGCAUUUCAACAGUUCCGUGUUGGAUCUUUUCUUUAAUUCAUCUCAAAAUUUCCCACUGACACAAUUGCACCCUGACCCCUAAGCCACCCGCUGCCAACUGCAAAUGAGAAAUGAGCACUUCCUCUUCCGUUGAUAAAGAUCUUCCUCUUUUAAACUGUAAACCUUAAAACAACAUUAUAUCUAAAUGUUAAAACAAUAAAUUGUAAAUAAAAAAAAGUAA